GACGAGACGAUCUAGUUGCUUUAUAUUCCUUUUUUCUUCCUUUCAAUUAUCCGGUCUGAUCUCUCCAUUAUUCUUAGGGGGAGAAACCAAGAACGAAAGACGUACUUCCAGUGUGGAAUGGGCAUAAGAUCAGAGAAACUAGGAAAUGACUCAAUGCAAUGAACAUGCCGACAACCAAGCAUUAAUCAUCACAAAGGCCGACAAAGAUGAUCAUUAUCCGAUUAGAACUUGUCGCAUGUGUGGUUAUCAGUUCAAAUGCAGAGAUCAUAUGCAGGCUGGACUUCAAGAUUUGCCGGGGCUACCUUCGGGUGUGAAGUUCGAUCCAACUGAUCAAGAAAUUCUUGAACAUUUAGAGAGCAAGGUUCAAUCCGAUGCUCGUAAGGUUCACCCUCUUAUUGACGAGUUCAUCCCUACAAUUGAAGGAGAGAAUGGAAUUUGUUACACCCACCCAGAGAAGUUGCCAGGAGUUAGCAAAGAUGGCCUAGUCCGUCACUUCUUUCACCGGCCGUCGAAAGCAUACACGACGGGGACUCGAAAACGUAGAAAGGUGCAAACUGACAUAGAAGGUGGUGAGACGAGGUGGCAUAAAACAGGAAAGACAAGGCCAAUCUUGGACAGUUGCAAGGUGAAAGGUUAUAAGAAGAUACUUGUACUCUACACCAACUAUGGAAAGAAAAGAAAGCCUGAGAAAACGAGUUGGGUAAUGCAUCAGUACCACCUUGGAAAUAAUGAAGAAGAGAAAGAUGGAGAGUUAGUGGUGUCAAAAGUUUUCUACCAAACCCAGCCAAGACAGUGCGGUUCAUUGAUCAGUAAGGACGACUCAUCAGUUUCUUCAAAAUCAAAGGGACAAAAUAAUGCACACCAAGGUGGUACAGCUGGUUUUAGAAAAAAUGCACUCUUUGAGUUCUAUAAUUCUUCUUUGAUAUCCUUUGAUCAGGGCAGCAAAACUAGGGCUAGCACUCCUCAACUACUUUCUCAUUUUCCAGUCAAUGAUGUAUCUUCUUUUAUUUCUUGAAGGAAAUGAAUAAAAAAUAACUUUAUAGAGUUAUAAUAA